AUGCCGGAAGUACGCUCGCAUUCUGCCCUCCGACAGGGAUGGGGUGGACGCGAGGUGGAGGAGUGGGGGCGAGUCGUCGUGCUGAGUCGGGGGCGCCGCGACAUUGUGGGAGGCUCCCCACCCGCCCCACCCCAUUCCGCCCCACCCCAUUUCCGCCCCACCCCAUUCAGCCCCACCCCAUUUCCGCCCCACCCCAUUUCCGCCCCACCCCAUUCAGCCCCACCCCAUUCCGCCCCACCCCAUUUCCGCCCCACCCCAUUCCGCCCCACCCCAUUUCCGCCCCACCUCAUUCCGUCCCACCCCAUUCCGCCCCACCCCUUUCCGCCUCACUCCAUUCCGUCUCAACACGUCCCCCCUUUUUCCCCUCCUGAUCGCCCUCUCCCUUAUUUCCCUCCACUAUUUCUCCCCAUCCCCCUCCCUCCUGUUUCCCCCCUUCCCGCCCCCACACCCUCUUCUGCAGGGAGAACCGGAAGAGCGUGCUACAGCUGCUGCUGUGCUCAUGCUACAGGUGCGCUGCGCUGCUCUGGGGCGCUGCACCUCCACAUCCCUCACCUCCACAUCUCUCCUCUCCCCAUCCCUCCUCUUACCAUCCCUCCUCUCCCCAUCCCUCCUCUUACCAUCCCUCCUCUCCCCAUCCCUCCUCUUACCAUCCCUCCUCUCCCCAUCCCUCCUCUUACCAUCCCUCCUCUCCCCAUCCCUCCUCUUACCAUCCCUCCUCUCCCCAUCCCUCCUCUUACCAUCCCUCCUCUCCCCAUCCGUCCUCUCCCCCUCCGUCCUCUCCCCAUCCUCUCCUCUCCCCAUCCUCUCCUCUCCCCAUCCUCUCCUCUCCCCAUCCGAUCCUCUCCCCAUCCUCUCCUCUCCCCAUCCUCUCCUCUCCCCAUCCUCUCCUCUCCCCAUCCUCUCCUCUCCCCAUCCUCUCCUCUCCCCAUCCUCUCCUCUCCCCAUCCUCUCCUCUCCCCAUCCUCUCCUCUCCCCAUCCUCUCCUCUCCCCAUCCGAUCCUCUCCCCAUCCUCUCCUCUCCCCAUCCUCUCCUCUCCCCAUCCGAUCCUCUCCCCAUCCUCUCCUCUCCCCAUCCUCUCCUCUCCCCAUCCUCUCCUCUCCCCAUCCUCUCCUCUCCCCAUCCGAUCCUCUCCCCAUCCUCUCCUCUCCCCAUCCGAUCCUCUCCCCAUCCUCUCCUCUCCCCAUCCUCUCCUCUCCCCAUCCGAUCCUCUCCCCAUCCCCUCCAGGUGUUUCCCACACCGCCAUCGGCCCUGCGCCACCUCCUCAUCCCACCUUCUCACCCCUCAUCCCUUGUUCUCAUCCCUCAUCUGCACCAAAGAGCUGCUUGGGGCGCUGUGGACAGAUGGCAACGCGCAUAGUCACGCAGCAGAGGCGGACAUGGUGCUGCUGGAAUCUCUUCCCCCCUUCCCCACUUCCUCCCAUCAUCACUUCCUCCCAUCAUCACUUCCCUCUUCCCCCUCUUUCCCUGCUUUCCCCUCCCCAUCACUCUCCCUCUCCCUGGCUAUUGCAGUGACUACAUUGAUGAUUUUUUCUGGCACUGCAACUUGCUCAGAGGCCCAUCAUCCCAUGCCAUGCUCGUAG